GAGAGGAGGAGAAGAGAAGAAAGGAUCAGAUUUGACUCAUCAAAGAGGAAAACCAAACAUGGAGGAACCAGAGACAUCCAAACCAGCAAGACGACACCUUUGCUCCCAGAUUGGAAAAAGUUUUACCAAGUUAGGAAGCCUGAAAAGACAUGAGAGGACACACACAGAACCGAAGCCACAAAAUUGCGGCCAGUGUGGAAAGAGUUUUAGCCACUUAGGAAAUCUGAAAGCUCAUGAGCGAACACACACACGGGAGAGGCCUUUCCAUUGCUCCCAGUGUGGAAAGAGUUUUAAGCGGUUAGACACCCUUAAAACUCACGAGCAAAUACACACAGGGGAGAAGCCAUACCAUUGCGUCCAGUGUGGAAAGAGUUUUAGCCAGUCAGGAAGCCUGAAAGUUCAUGAGCGAAUACAUACAGGGGAGAAGUCAUACCUUUGCGCCCAGUGUGGAAAGAGUUUUAUCCAGUCAGGAAGCCUGAAGGAACACAUGAGACUGCACACAGGGGAGAAGCCUUACUACUGCUCACAUUGUGGAAAGCGUUUUAACCAUUUAGUUAGCAUGAAAAGACAUGAGAGGAUACACACAGGAGCGAAGCCACACCCUUGCUCCCAGUGUGGCAAAAGUUUUAUGCGGUUAGACACCCUCAAAGCUCAUGAACGAAUACACACAGGGGAGACACCAUACCAUUGCACCCAGUGCGGAAAUAGUUUUUGCCAGUCAGGAAGCCUGAAAGUUCAUGAGAGAAUACACACAGGGGAGAAGCCAUACCAAUGCUCCCAGUUUUCAAAGUGUUUUACCCAUUUAGGAAGCCUGAAGGAACACAUGAGACAGCACACAGAGGAGAAGCCUUAAAAAUGUUCAGACUGUGGGAAGACAUAUUACUCAUCACAGUCACUUAAACGUCAUGUGAGAAUCCACACAGGAGAGAUUAAUGACUUCUCCUAGUGUGUAAACUCAUGUUUCACAUCACAUUGACUUAAAAUUCAUCAGAGAACACAUCCAAUUUGUAAGUCUCUCUGGAUAAGAGCGUCUGCUAAAUGACUUAAAUGUAAAUGUUAAAUGUAAUACACAGUGCUCCCAUUGUCUUAUAUUGUUGACUGAUAAUGUGUUUACCUGUUUUGUCCAUAUGAAAUUGAAUUGUACCAAGUAUACUCAAACAUAUAUUUGUAUGUUUUUAUUAGAAAACAUGAUUUGAAUAUGGAGUCUGUCAGUUUGCAUAUAGAGUAGAUCAGUUUCCAUGUGUUUAAAUGGUCCUUUUUUAAACUCUUUGUGUGUGUUUAUCUGGGUGUGUCAUUCCUCCAGCACUACAGAUAAUACAGUGAUAUUUGGAUGUGAUGCAUUUGUUCCAUUGUUUACAUUUGCAUUGUUGGCCCACUGAUGAUUUAAUGAAAUUCAAAUAUUCAGACUGUAACGGAAAAUGUUAAUUGUAUGUGUCCACAUAACUGAGUAUGUGACUAACCUUGUGAAACUGUCCUAUUAUAAUCUCCUGUUCUUGGGAGUAUCAUCCUGUGUUGCAGACCAGCUGUUUGCAUCUGUGUCCUUGUAUGAAUAAAGUCCUUUUAUGAAGUCCCAGGAACAGGAAACUGUAAAGAUAUGUACUCAUCACCCAAUGCUUCAGGA